UUUAUAAUGAUAUAAUCAAAUCGAGGACCUCCCCAAAAAAAAUAUACUCUUAAUCUACACAACUCAGCAAUCGAUUAUAUUGAUAGAAUUUUAACAGAGGUCUCAGGUAAAAGGUAUCAUUUAUCAAAGGGAUGAAAUGCCUUAUUCUUGAUUAAGAAACAAUAGGAAUUAUUUCACUUAUUUACUCUUAAUCAUAAAUAUUAAAGAAAGAUGUCUAUUUAAUGGAAAAGAUUGAUGCUGCAGCUUCAACUAAAUAAAAGCUUUAGCAUAUGAAGGUUAUUUUUUUGAUACGACCAACUCAAGUAUAGAAUGCAUUAUAAAUCUUAAGGAUAAUUAAACACUUUUACUUUAAGAAAUAAAAGAUAAGAGAUUUUGUGAAUAUUACAUAUUCUUCACCAACAGUUUAAACAAUUUUUAUAUUGAAUAAUUGGCAGAAGCUGAUGAAUCUGAUCUAAUUAAAUAACUUUAAGAAAUUUAUUUAGAUUACUACAUUGUACAACCUGAUACUUUUACACUAAACAUACCUUCUACUAUUGCUUUAACUAAAAGUGUUUCAUAAUGGAAUUCAAAAGAUGAUUAGACUUUUUAAAGAAUUCUUGAAGGAUUAAGUGCUGCAGUUUACAGUCUUAGAAGAAUUCCUAUGAUUAGAUAUCAAGGAUCAAGUGAAAUCUGUGCCAAAUUAGCAUAAAAAUUAAGUUAAACUAUGAGAGAAGAAUAUGAAUAAUCUUAAUCUUAAUUUAUGUUAUCAAAUUGUUUACUUUUAAUUUUAGAUAGAAGAGAAGAUCCAGCAACAUUAUUAUUAAAUUAAUGGACAUAUUAAGCUAUGUUACAUGAAUUAAUAGGAAUCUAAAAUAAUAGAAUAGAUAUUAGCUAAGGUUAAAAAGCAUUAAAUUAAGCUGCUGUAUAGUUAUUAUUUUAAUUAUUUAGAGUAUCAAUAAAACUGAUUCUGAAAGUGAAUUUGUUAUAUCUUCUUCUUUGGAUGACUUUUUUGCUGAAAAUCAAUACUCAAAUUUCGGAGAAUUAGCUCAAAACAUUAAAGAUUUUAUUGAUAAAGUUACAUAAUAAAAGAAAGAAACAGUGUAAAUAAAUUCAUUAGAAGAUAUGCAAAAGGCUGUUGAUAAAAUUCCAGAAAUUAGAAAAAUGAGUGGAAAUUUAUCAAAACAUGUUGCUUUAAGUUGUGAAUUAUCAAAAUUAGUUGAAGAAAGAUAAUUAUUAAAAGUAUCUAAAGUUGAAUAAGACAUUGUUUGUAAUGAAGCAAAAUCUGAACAUUAAAGAGCUGUAUUUUAGAUGCUUGAAGAUAGAACCAUUUAAAAAUAUGAAAAAUUAAAAUUAGUCAUGUUAUAUGCUUUAAGAUAUGAGAAUUGUGACAAAAUCUCAAGAAUGAAGGAUGUGUUAAGAGAUUUAGGUGUUAAAAACAAUAGUUUAAAUUUAAUUAAUCAUCUAUUGGAUUACUCUGGUAAAUCAAAAAGAUAAGGAGAUUUAUUUAGUGAUAAGAAUAUUUUUUCUAAAGCCUAAUAAAAGUUUAAAUCUGUUUUUAAAGAUGUUCCUAAUAUUUAUACUCAACAUUAACCAUAUUUUCUUACUAUUUUAGAACAAAUUCUAACCAAUAAAAUUAAAGACAAUGAAUUUCCAGCAACAAAUUUAAAUUAUUUUAGGGAAAGACCCACUGAAAUCAUUAUUUUUUAAGUUGGUGGAACUUCUUUUGAAGAAAUUAAAGAAAUAGGAUUGUUGAAUAAAUAGCGUAUUUAUUUUAGAAUAAAUAAUUAGCUAAUUAACCAAGUUUUCUAUUAGGAGGUACAUACAUUCACAAUUCAAGAACUUUUCUUGCUGAAAUUUGUUAAUUAGCAUAUGAGAAUAAUAUCGAUAUAAUUGUGGAUAAAUCAAACCCUAGAAAUGAUAAUAAAUUUCACAAAUUUUGAUUGGAAUAAAAUUGAUAUUAUUUUAAACACAC